AUGACUGUGAAUGAGUACAUCCUCAAGUUCACUCACUUGUCCCAUUAUGCUCUUGAUAUGGUGGUUGAUAUGAAAAGCAAGAUAUGUCUAUUUAUGUGUGGACUAUCCCUCUUGUCAAGAAAAGAGGGUAAGGCUUCUAUGUUUAUAGGGGAAAUGAACAUAAAAAGGCUUAUGAUACAUGUGCAACAGGUUGAGAAAGAUAGGCAGAAAGAUAUGGAAGAGUUCCCUAACAAGAGGGCUACGACAAUAGCUAAUGAGUACGAACAGCAGAUGACCGGGAUGACUCCUACAUGUGCUAAGUGUGGUAGAAACCACCCAAGAGCGUGUCGUGAUGGCUCCAAGUUCUGCUUUAAGUGUGGUCAGACAUGUCACUUCAUGAGAGAGUACCCUAAUAACAUGCAUGGUAACGAUAAUGGGGGCAAUAAAGCACAAUCUUUUUCAGAGGCUCUGGCAGAUAGAGCUGCACCUAGAGGAGCUAUUUCACGGAUAGGUGGACGAGAAAACCAUAUGUAUGCUAUCACCACACGACAAAAGCAGUAG